AGCGCAGCGGGUUAAGCGCAGGUGGCGCAAAGCACAAGGACCGGCAUAAGGAUCCCGGUUCGAACCCCGGCUCCCCACCUGCAGGGGAGUCGCUUCACAGGCGGUGAAGCAGGUCUGCAGGUGUCUGUCUUUCUCUCCCCGUCUCUCUCUUCCCCUCCUCUCUCCAUUUCUCUCUCUCCUAUCCAACAACGACAACAACAAUAAUAACUACAACAAUAAAACAACAAGGGCAACAAAAGGGGAUAAAUAAAUAAAAUAAAUAUUAAAAAAAGAGUUGAAUAUCAGAAAAAAAUACUUAAAAAAAUGUGCAAGAGGAAGCGAAUAACCCCGCAAAGUGAUUGCAUUUCACAGGAAAAGAAAACAAAAUGCAUUUAACAGAACGUCCCACGCCGACGCAGGAAUGAAAACCUUGUGCCUGGCACCGGGCUAAUGUCACUUUCCUUUGAUUAAAAAAAAAAAAAAAAAAAAUUCUGUAUGUUUCCUUUCGCUGAAAAGCCGUGCUGGCUUCGGAGACUGAAAAUAAGGGGUCAUCUGAUGGCCCCUCGCCGGCCCUCCCCGCGGCGGCCGGGCGCAGCUGUCCGCGCCCCGUCCCGCCUCCCCCGCGCCCGCGCCCGCCGCCCCGCAUUCCAACUCUCUGAGGUCACGGGCCGCCGCCGCCUCCCCGGAUCCGCCAGCCGCCCCGCCGGCCCAGGGGGAGGGACGCGGCCCGGCUGCUCCGCCGCUCCGGCUGCGGUCCCGCGCCCGCCCCGCGCCCGCCCCGCGCGCUCCCUUUGUGCGCGCUGCCCCCCGCGCCGCCCGCAGACCCCGGGGGCAGGGAGCCGCCGCGCGGGCCCGGGAGCGCGCCCCCGCGCGGGCAGGCGGCGGAGCCGGGCGCCGGGCCUGAGGAUGCGGGAGCAGCACCCUUGCGGAUGCUCCCUUGGCCCCGCUCUUCGCCCCUGAAAGGAGGAGAAGAUGCCGCUGCCCUUCGGACUGAAGCUGAAACGCACCCGGCGCUACACGGUGUCCAGCAAGACCUGCCUGGUGGCCCGGAUCCAGCUGCUCAACAACGACUUCGUGGAGUUCACGCUGUCGGUGGAGAGCACCGGCCAGGAGAGCCUGGAGGCCGUGGCCCAGAGGCUGGAGCUGCGCGAGAUCACCUACUUCAGCCUCUGGUACUACAAUAAGCAGAAUCAGCGCCGCUGGGUUGACUUGGAAAAACCUCUGAAGAAGCAGCUGGAUAAACACGCGCUGGAACCGACCGUGUAUUUCGGAGUGGUGUUCUACGUGUCCUCAGUGUCACAGCUGCAGCAGGAGAUCACCAGGUAUCAGUAUUACCUGCAGCUGAAGAAAGAUAUCUUGGAAGGAGGCAUUCCUUGUACAUUAGAACAAGCUAUUCACCUAGCAGGCCUAGCUGUUCAAGCUGAUUUUGGUGACUUUGAUCAGUAUGAAUCCCAGGACUUUCUUCAGAAGUUUGCCUUACUUCCUGUGGGGUGGUUACAAGAUGAAAAAGUACUGGAAGAAGCAACGCAGAAAGUGGCCCUACUACACCAGAAAUACAGAGGGCUGGCAGCCCCAGAUGCAGAGAUGUUGUUCAUGCAGGAGGUAGAGAGAAUGGACGGCUACGGGGAAGAGAGCUACCCAGCCAAGGAUAGCCAAGGCAGUGACAUAUCCAUUGGAGCCUGUCUUGAAGGUAUCUUUGUGAAGCACAAGAAUGGAAGGCCUCCUGUGAUAUUUAGGUGGCAUGACAUCGCUAACAUGUCCCACAAUAAGUCCUUUUUUGCGUUAGAGCUGGCAAAUAAGGAAGAGGCCAUUCAGUUUCAAACUGAAGACAUGGAAACAGCAAAAUAUGUUUGGAGACUCUGCGUUGCAAGGCACAAGUUUUACAGACUGAAUCAGUGUACCCUGUAAGUAUGCACAGCUUACUGGAACCGUGGAGAUAACCAAUGUAGAAGUUAUUGUUUUGCGCUUACAGGUAUUGUCUAGAAAGCUAAAUUCUCUCUCUCCCUUUCUCUUUUUGAGUUUUUCAUUCUG